AGAUCAACGACUGAACUGACGUGCCUACUGACUGACUGAAUUUGACAGCUAGCAAGCAAGCGCGUUUUGGUUCUUGGAGUUACUGAAAAUUGUGAUGUAAAAACAGAAAAACAAAUAGUUGUUAGCCAUCAUGGCGAAUCCAAGAAAAUUUAGUGAAAAAAUUGCCCUCCACAAUCAAAAGCAAGCAGAAGAAACGGCUGCUUUUGAAAAAAUAUUGCGCGAAGUUUACGACGCAACCAAUAAGGUUAGUUCAGGUAGCAGACGGGCUAGAGCCAAAGCUCCUCCCGAGCCCGUGGACCCUGAGCCCAAGCUUGAUGAUGACUCAACAUUGAGGCCAACCCAGCAAGGCCUGGGCACAUUCCGCAGUGGUUCAUUGCCAAAUGUGGCUGCACCACAAGCCACUAUUGCUGAGCCCAAUAUAAAGCCUGAAGAAACAACUUUGGCAACACAAUAUAUCCACAGUGGAGGCACGAGUCCCUCGCGAAGCCCCGGCCAGCGAGGCCGGGCGUCCUCUUCCGUGGGUCCUAUGCGGCGACCCGCUGACCGAAAACAUGACACCAGUCCCUAUGGCAGCACUGUAUAUUUAAGUCCACCGCCGGACAGCAACUGGCGGCGGACGAACUCUGACUCCGCUCUGCACCAAUCGUGCGGCGAGCAACAGACGACGACGCAGCCGCUGUCGCCGCACCACCCGCUGCAUUCCCAUGCGCACCCGCACCCUCACAUGCAUCCGAACCAUCGCAGAGCUGACAUCCACCUUGACGUAUUAUCAUCGUUUGGUAUGAACCCCACAAAUCGACCACGAUCCUCGUGUGAAAUACCCCGGAUACCAAAUAAUAACAACGUGUACGAGAGCGGGGACGGCGGCGGGGGCGGGGGCGGGGGCGGCGGCGGCGGCGGCGGCGGCGCGGGGGGCGGGCUGGCGUGCGGCGAGCUGCAGGUGCCGGGCGGCUCGCUGCCCGACCUCACGUCCGUGCACUUCCCGCCGCAGCACUACAUGCACCGCGCCGAGCCCGACCACCAGCCCAGAUAUAUUGUAGGCUCGACGCGCAGUCACGUCAUAAAUGAUCGUUUCCAGAGCCCCACGUCCCCCGGCGCGGUGUCCCCGGGCGGGGGCAGCGUGUCCCCGGCGACGGGCGGGCUGUCCCCGGCGUCGGGGUCCCCGGUGGGGGCCACCGUGCCCCUCUCCUCCUCACUACACCACUCACACGAACAUUCGUCGCUCUACGAUGCACAGAAUCACUUAUCUGUACCAAACACAAAUAAUUAUCUCCAUCAUAAUAAGAACAUGUCAUCGCUGGAACACAACGCGUGGAUCACGUCGACAUACCAGUCGCACUGUAGUCCGCCCUCGCAAUAUUCCUCAACGUCGAAUAUCAAUAUACCUUCGCCGACGAUGGUGCACAGUCCAGGUAGUCCGGUGGAGUCCCCACAGACCGACUACAACAAUCUACACCAGGUGUUGUUGCAGCCCUUCGAGCAAAUCACUAUGAUGGACUCGCCCGUAUCAAAUUACAACACGUCGUAUAUAAAUCACAGUUCACCGCAUUCGCCGCAGACAACGAAUACGACACACACAUAUUCUCAGGGAGUACACUCCCACGGACAGCAGCCGGUGGCGCGCGCGCGCGACCCGGUGCCGGGCGGCGGGGGGUUCCCGCCGCUGCAGCCCCUCGCCUCGCCCUCCGCCCCGCGCACGCCCGCCACGCCCGCCAGCAUACCCGACAUCAUCCUCACUGGCCAUAUUAUUUCCAGAUUACUCGGGUGAAAUAGACGCGGGCAUAUUCGGCGGCGAGGAGGCGCAACUGCGCGAGGGGCUCGACCUCGACGACCUGACGCUGCUGGAGGAGCCGAGCGCGCUGCUGCCGGACUCGGCGGUGGAGCACGAGUUCCGGCUCGACCGCUUGUAGUACCGCGCUGCAACGCUGUGCGCCGCGCCGUAGGGAUGUCGGUAACGCAUCAUUCAAAUUUCCAAUUAUUAUGUUUCACGUUCCUUUCGAUGACGUUGACGUUCGAAUUUUGUUAUUUUAUUUUUUUACUUUUUGACCAUAUGUUGAUAUUGAGUGCACAUUUGAAAUGGGAAUUUUCUUUUUUUUUUUUUUUAUUGAAUUCCUUUUUUGACGAUAUUUUGAUGUAAUAGUUUUGAAUAUUAUAGCCAGUCUGAAAAGUUCAAAUAUUUCGAUUUGAAUUAAUAUUGUUAUUGUUGGGACAUAAAUGAUUUUCGGAUAUACUCAACAUAAUUAGUUGCAGAAUAAUAUUUAUACAUUUCAAUGUUCGUACAUAUUUUGGUUAAUUCAAUUCUUUCAUAGUUUUGGAUGUUGUUUUAUUUCAAAAAGUUAUUUAAGCAUGGAAUAGUUGGAAAUCUAGACGAUAUAUUUACACUCCAACACAAUAGAUAUUUACAAUGUAACAGAGUCAAUCGCUAGGGAAGACGUGUUGAUAUUUUUGAUGACCCGACCGACAUCCCUUCCGCCAUAAUCGCAUUCCUGCUGUUGGUGAUACAGACUCCCUAUACUUGACAAUUGUAUCGUUUCAAGUCUGAGUUAGUGUCGGUAGGAGUGUAGUGUAGGGUGUAAGUAACGGGCGAGCGCGGGAACACCACAUUCCGGUCGCGCAGUCGGCGGACUGCUAGUGCAAGUGUUCAUUGUGGUUUUAACGUUUUACUCAUGUUUCUAAUUCGAAGGGUUAGGUAUGUUAUAGUUUUAGAUUUUUUAAAUGGUAAUCGAUCAAUUUAUCGACGAUUCGUGUACAGCAUGAAGUGAUUAUUUUAGUAUUGUGAAUAUUUACUCGAAUAUCAUUAGGGAAUUUGAUUCGGAUUAAAUGGAGACAAUUUUAUUACUGAUCUUUAAUGUGAGGCCGGACGGCCCCGUCUUUGUAUAUAAUACUUGAAGUGUUCACUUUAUUGAAAUUGCAUUUAUCGCUAAUGUCGCAUGCUAGCUAACUGGCUUUCGGUUGCGUUCAACGAAUUGUCCAACGUUAGGUUUUAUAAUGCACACUCGCAUCUCUCGGACAUCGCAAGCGUACAAUCGUUUCGUUAAUUUAGGCAUUAUGUACAUACAUGACAAUCUGCAUGGGUUUUAUGUAUAUGACAAUGAAACCUAUAGACAUUGUUUCUUUUGUUAAAACAGUUAGGUUAUUGUUUUAGUUGUUAAUAUUCAUUCCGAAUUAAUAUUCUUAGAAAAUGUGUACAUGAAAUACCAAAGAAAGAAUUUGUUUUAUCUUAUAAACCUUAAAGGUUUUUAAAAAUUAUUCAAAUAAAAACCAUUGUACGCUUACGAUAUUGAAUUCGCCAUUAUCUCUUGACAUAAUGCUACUCGGCAAUUGCUCAAGCGUUGAUUGAAGAUACUAUGUAUAGCCGGCGGCAACGAGUAGACUAGUUAUAUCUACUCUACCGAGAUACGUGGACACGCACUCUUAGUAUAAAACCUAGAACUUUGGUAUAUGAGGGAUAGUGAACCGCAAAUAUUUUCUUGGCUUCUUUGUGCCUUUUGGCUUCGUUCGCGAUUCGUUCGGUCGAGAUUUCUAUAAGUACUGAACAUUGCGUUUAAAAAAAAACUUUCGACAUAAGUGACAUUCAAUCGUCGCCGAACGAGGCCUUCAAACAGUUGCAAAUGACAGCAAUGAACUUAUGAGAAUACGUGCGUUUUUGGACAUGUCAGUGGUUUUAUAACGGGACUAGUUUUCUUAUUGCGUAAGUAUACGAAAGCGCUGAGCUAAAGACGGUAGUUAAAUUAUUAAAUGUCAUUCAUAUUGAAAGCGUUUUAAAAACAUCGACGUCGUUUUUUUUUUGUUAACAUCCACGCGAAUGAUUCCUUAGGGUAUUUGUGUAUACUUAAUAUUGAAUUUUCUUACAAGGAAAUUACGGUUUUUUCACUAAGAGUGCGUCAUCCUUACAUUUUCACACUAGCUUCUCGAUGUUAUUUAGCAUUAAUACAUUAUGCCCCAAUUCCUUUAUACAUAUAUAAUUAGAAAUAACCGUUUACGAGCAUGUAAAUAAGAGAGUUGUUAUUAAAGUUUUUAAUAAGCUUUUGUCGCAAACAUAUCUUGUGUACACGUACGUGUGAUUGCGCCCUCGGUACCGCCAGGGACUUUAGUCUUUGUUCAAUUUGUUACAGUUAUUUUAAGCAUUAUACAGAAUUUCUUGUAAAACAUUUGCAACCUCGCAGAACUAGAAAGCUGACAUACACAAUAUUGUUUCUUCUACGUGUUUUAACAUAACAUUACAUAAAAAAUAUUUUAUGUUUUUACUAUCUUCUCCUGACAUUUGUACGUCUAUUUUUACGCUGUUGCUUUAGCGUCGUCUCGCGCCAUCCACAUUAAGUUGUUAACAUCGAAACGGGAUAUUAAAUAAAUAUUUAUGUAAAAUUUAAUGAGUUUUCAACAUAAUGAUUGUUGUUAUGAUGUUAGCAAUCUACUCCUGCUAGGUUUUGUCAGUUUUACGUGCAACCCUGUAUAAUCACUCCACAAUAGUUGAAGGCGAAUAAUUGCAUUUUCACACGUUCAACAUUUUAUUAUCUGACUUAAAUAGUUUUAAGUUGUGAAAUAUUUAGUUUUAAAAUGCGGUGUACUCGCAAUAUUAAAUGUUGUAGUAUAAAACUGUCGUUGGUUGUUUAAUGCGUGGCGUGGAAUUGGCACGCGAUAUUCUUACAGGGGACAGCGUGAAAUUAAUUAAAAUGACAAGUUGAAAUGUAAUUCCCUUCGGCCACCAUCGAUAGUGCUGGUUCGUAGUUACGAUGAGAAGAAAAAAAAAACUUCGUUUGAAACCUGUUUCGACCCAAGAAAUUAUAUCAUUUAUUUGUUUCACCGCUCACUGUUUCUAAUAAUAUUAUAUUAGAAACAGUGAGAGAGAAUAUUAAUAUAAUAUUCCUCGUGUAGGCGUACCGCGCUCUAAUUCUACGUUCUGUAUUUGGAUGUGUAAUGUGUAUUCUCCCUAAUAUUGUAAAAACUGACAAUGUACAAAUUAUGUUACUCUCGGUGGCGAUUGUAAUGUGUGUUCGUUAAUAUUGCGAGCGCGCCGGAUCAUAUAUAGACACGUGUUUUUGUUUGUAAAUGCUCAUUUAAUUACGUUAUAAGAGUCUAGUCAUCAAAUUAUGAGUUUCAAACGAAAUAGGACCUGUUUUACACCUUUGAGAGACUGAACUGAAGUUCGAGCGGUUUCAUUCCAUUCCAAAUUAAUACGAUUCACAUACAUCAGUGUAUGGAGGACGGAAUGGUUCGGUGAUUUAUAUUUGACAAAAUGUUGUCAAUAAUAUUUCUGGAAUUUUGUUGACAGUUUUACUAUGAACCAUUUAUACGAGAUCAAAUUAAAUAAUUCAUUUUAGAUUUGGACAAAUCUCCAUACAUUUUUGUCACAAUCCCUCUGGUGUGGAGUGCUUCAUAGUAUAUUUUUUAUAUUUUAUCUAUGAUGAAGUAAUAAAUGACGUCAUCAUUUAAGGUUUAAACGGUCUCGUGUAAGUUGUACAUUAUAAGUAUGGAUGCCAUUCACCAAGCAUAUUGUUAAUGUCUAAAGUUUUAAUUUCUAUUCCGAGAUAAGGUAUGUACUGUAUGACAGAUAAUGUAAACUGUAUAAAUAGUUGUAUGAUAAAUGUGAUAAAGGAAAAAAGCACAACAUAAAUCAUAGCGGAGCCUAAUCAGAUGUUAAAGUAAGUUUCUUUUCUUAAAGAUUUAAAUAGUGUUUUCUAAAUUAGAUACUUAUAUUACUUGGUUUACAUAUUGUAAGCUAAGUUCUGCCAAAAGCAGAAUAUUGUGUGACCUAAAUGUGUGAGGCGGUUUGUACAUAAAAUUAAUAUUUUUUCAAAGAUAUACAUGGAUAUCAUAGGUACUAAUAAUGGUGAUGGAACAACAGUAUAGUUUUGUUUUUACGGAGGUGUCGAUUCUCAUAGUUGUCAUUUGAUAAAUUUAAGAAUUAACUUUGAUUACAUUUAAUUUAAAUAUAUUAGGGAACUUUGAAAGCGAUUAUCUAUAUUAGAAUAAUUUUCUAAAGAAGCUUUCCUAAUUACAAGAACUCAGAAGUUUAAACCGUCGUCUAUUACAGGCGAUGGUUUAAAUAUGCAUGAAAUCUUCUAAUGACUAAAAUUAUAAAUGUUCUGCAAACCGCUUCAGCAUUGAGUCCGAGUCAGGUGCAAUAUGGUGUUUUAAAUUUCGGAGUUUAUUGUCAUUUCAUUGGAUCUAUUAUUGUUACAUUUUGUUGUAUAUAAAGAGAUGUGCAAUCCUAAAUUGUUUUCAGUUGUACCAAUCAAGCGGUCGUCUAACCGGUUGUGUGUUUCGAGUUCUUUUGCCACAUUGCAUUUGAAAGUACUCACUCAUAGUUAUAAAACUGUUGUUUUUUACCUUUUGCAUUUUGGAGUUAGGUUAUGAUUAAUGAUAGAUAGGGUACGUGAGUUGUGCAGUUGUGAGAACGCUUUCCUUGCCCUUGAAAGCAUCGAGACACCAAGAUGUGUGAUUGAGUAUUUCUACAAAUUCUUAUUCUAUUUGAUCAAUUUGUAUGACAUUAAAUAUAAGAAAUAAAUGUUUUCUCUCAAAUAUGCACAAACUUGAAGAUUUUGCAGUAAAAUGUUUCAGAGGUUUGUUUUAUUUAAACCAAAAUGUACAUAAUAAGUGUGAUAGAGAUGAAACGGUCUCAUUUAAAAUAAAAUUGUUGUAAGUA